UAGCCUUAUCCACUCUUCUCCUUGGUGUCCUUACAGGCUUGCACCUUCCUCUUUACUCAACCUGUUAAACCCUUGAAAGGCUUAAACCCUCGAGUUGAGCUUGAAAGAAACGAUCGUCAACCAGGUUAAGAUGUCUGUUGUGUUUCCUUCAACCUCAAUAGUUAAUUCUCAUAUCGAUAAAUUCAGGUUCUUCACUUCAAGUCCCUACGGGAAUGCUCCUUCAAAUGCCAAUUGCAAGCUCUUCAACCGCAGAACGCCAUGGACAAUCUGCACAUUAUUGAGAUAUUACCCUCCCAAAGCUCCGAUUUUCACCUGCAAUUAUCGCCUGAACACUGAUUUUGAACCAUCUGAGGAAGAAACAAGAAUCGAUUUCGAUAUAGGGGAUUCGGAAGACGAAGAUUCGGCAUCUCCAUGGGAAGGGGCGGUUAUUUACAAGAGAAACCCUUCUGUUUCGCAUUUGGAGUAUUGCACAACCCUAGAGAGGCUGGGGUUAGAGCAAUUGUCGACGGAGACUUCGAAGUCUAGGGCUUCGGCAAUGGGGUUGAGGGUUUCGAAAGCUGUGAAGGACUAUCCGCUCGGGACGCCCGUUCAAAUCUCCAUCGACGUAACCAGGAGGAAGGAGAAGCUGAGGCUCGACGGGAUUUUAAGGACCGUAAUCACUCUCAAUUGCAAUAGGUGUGGUGAGCCAGCUGCUGAGUGUGUCUUCACCAACUUCACACUCAUACUAACUGAAGAACCAAUUGAAGAACCAGAAGUGAUUAAUAUGGGCGUGAUCUUUGGAGAAGACAAAAUCAAAACCUCCACUGUAGGCAAUGGGGAGGAUGAUGAUGAUGAUGCUUUAAUUGACCCGGACAAUUGGUUUUACUUCCCUGCAGAAGAAAGGGAGAUUGAUAUCUCAAAACACAUAAGGGAUAUGGUGCAUUUAGAGAUCACCAUUAAUGCAAUAUGUGAUUCAAGAUGCAAGGGUAUAUGUCUCAAAUGUGGUACAAAUCUGAAUACUGGUAAUUGUAAUUGCCUACAUGUGGAAAAAGAGAAAAGUUAUGGCCCCCUUGGAAAUUUAAGAAAACAAAUGCAACAAAAAGAUUCUAUCAAGCGAACCACUAAGCCCAUGAAAGAUUGAUUGAUGGCUUUGUUUAACAGCCAUCAUUUUGGCUUUUGUUUUUCUUUUAUUAUGAGCACAUAGAAUCAAAAUUGAAUUAUUCUGAUAUUCUUCUGUUAUAA